AUGCAUGAAGAAUUGCAAGCUCUUCGAUCUAAUGGAACUUGGGUACUAGUCCCUCGAAAAUCUAACAUGAACGUGGUUGGUUCACGCUGGAUGUUCAAAACUAAAUUUCAUUUUGAUGGUUUUGUGGAACGCUUUAAAGCUCGAUUAGUUGCUAAAGGUUACAAUCAAAUUGAAGGUGUGUACUUUGACGAUACCUUUAGUCCAGUUGUGAAAGCUGCUACAAUCCGAGUUGUUUUGUCCAUUAUUAUUGCUUUGAAUUGGGAUAUCAAACAAUUAAAUGUCAAGAAUGCUUUUUUACAUGGCGACCUCAAGGAGAAGGUAUUUAUGGAACAACCUCCUAGAUUUCGCAAUCCUAUAUUCCCGAAUCAUGUUUGUCUGCUCAAAAAGGCCAUCUAUGCCCUCAAACAAGCUCCAAAAUAUUGGUUCUACAAGUUCAGCUCAUAUUUAUUUCAUCUUGGAUUUCUAUGUAGCAAGGCAGACUCUUCUUUGUUUGUUCAGCAUUCUUCAGAGGGUACUAUAUUGCUCCUACUUUAUGUCGAUGAUAUUAUCUUGACUGGAAGCAAUUCUUUUCUUUUGUCUCGAAUUUUAUACACACUGCAAUCACACUUUGCCACGAAAGAUUUGGGACCCCUUCAUUAUUUCCUUGGCAUAGAGGUCUAUCGCGACAAGGAUGGACUUUUUCUUAGCCAGCACACGUAUGCUACUGCCAUACUUCAACUCACAGAUAUGUUGGUUGCUCGAGCUCAUCCAACUCCUCUCUCCCAGAAACAUCACCUUCAUGACUCUACUGGCUCUCUUGUUGAUGCCUCUGAAUAUCGCAGCUUGGUUGCAUCCAACUGUAGUUCCUGGUCUGGGAUUAAAAGGGUGCUUCGCUACAUCACUGGUUCUCCUCACCUCGGUUUGCUGAUCUCCACUCGCUCUUCUCUUAAUUUGGUUGGAUUUUCUGAUGCUGAUUGGGCUGGUUGCCCCAUUAUACGGCGGUCCACAACUGGCAUAUGUGUUUUCCUUUUCUCUAAUUGUGUUAGCUGGUCCUCGAAGAAACAACACAUAGUUACUAGGUCUAGUGCAGAAGUUGAGUAUCGUUCAUUAGCUUCACUGGCUGCAAACAUCACGUGGAUCACUUACUUGUUGAAAGAUAUUGGUAUCUCGUUGCCUAGACCUCCGCACUACUAG